AUGAAGUUGAUCGUCGUUGUCAGGGAUCCAGUUACGCGAGCAAUUUCAGACUACACCCAAGCCUCCCUCAAAAAGAAGCGCCUAGGCCAGAUGCCGAGCUUUGAACGGCUAGCAGUCGGCGAUUGCACGGGUUGGCUAAAGGCCAAUUGUACAGUAAAAACCCGAGGUGUCAACUCGAGCUGGGGCGCCAUCCGCCUAGGCGUCUACCACAAGCACCUCCGCCAUUGGCUGAACCACUUCCCGUUGGAGCAGAUCCACUUCGUCGACGGGGAGCAGUUAAUUCAGGAACCUGCUCAUGAAGUGGCAGCCGUUGAGCGCUUCUUGGGCUUGGAUUCAGUAGUCCAUAAAACCGACUUUGCCGUAGACCCGCAAAAGGGUUUCCCAUGCGUGCUGAGGAAUGACAAGACGCUUCAUUGCCUGGGGAAGAGCAAGGGCAGAAAGCAUCCCGAAGUUGACAGAAAGGUCAUCGAGAAGCUGCACCGUUUCUACGAACCCGAGAACAAAGUCUUUUCCCGAUUAAUUAACAAACGGUUCACGUGG